GCAGGAUGACAGCUGGCUUCAUGGGCAUGGCUGUGGCCAUCAUCCUCUUUGGAUGGAUUAUCGGGGUGCUGGGGUGCUGUUGGGAUCGAGGCCUUAUGCAGUAUGUGGCAGGGCUUCUCUUCCUCAUGGGAGGAACCUUCUGCAUCAUUUCACUGUGCACGUGCGUGGCUGGAAUCAACUUUGAGCUCUCCCGCUACCCCCGCUACCUGUACGGACUUCCCGACGACAUCAGCCAUGGCUAUGGCUGGUCCAUGUUCUGUGCGUGGGGUGGCCUGGGCCUCACUCUUAUCUCUGGCUUCUUCUGCACUCUGGCCCCUUCUGUCCAACCUGUCCCCAGGACCAACUGCCCCAAAUCUAGACCUGAGAAUGGGACAGUGUGCUAAAACAAAUAACAAACAAAUACACACAUGCAUAUAUAUAUAUAUAUAUGUCUAUGUAUACCUACCUAUACAUGCAUAUAUAUGUAUAUAUAAUUAUAUAUAUAUGUAUAAUCUCAAAUUAAUGCCAGUGCCAAGGUAGAGCUGAGUCCAACAGGGCACUUACAUCCCCACCGGACUCUGUGUUGCUUCGUUCUUUCUCACAGCGAUGGGAAAGCUUUUCUCUCACAUGGCUCUUCCAUCCAACUCCUAACUUCAGCAUCAUACCUUAGAGGUUGAACGAACAUACAGUUGCACCUACCUACUGCCAUUUUUGGGAAGGGGAGCAGGGGGUCCGUGUGGGGGAUCUGGAACCAGAAUCUGUACAGGACAUGGAGGAUGGGGUGGGGUGGGGUGGGAGGGACAAAAAGCCUGUCCGUUGCAGCCAGAAGGGAAAAUGCAAACAGCAAGCAAAGAAACAAGUCAAGCGUUUGAGCCACCUCUACAACGUACCUCCUCAAGGCCAUUAUCAGAAACCCACCCACUUUCUUUUUCUUUCUUAAAACAAAA